AUGUAUAAAGGUGCUGAUGUAAAUGCUGUUCAUUAUGAUGACUCGCCAUUAAAUUUUGCUAUUGAGACCAGGCGAACUGACAUAGCUAAAUAUUUAAUAGAUAAAGGUGCGAAUAUAAAUCGUGUUUGUAAAGAUACAUCACCAUUAUAUCUAGCUAUUCGUGAGAAUGCAACCGAUUUAGCUAAAUGUUUAAUAGAUAGAGAUGCCAACAUAAAUUUCAUUUCGGACUCGGACAAUUUAACGUUACUACAUUUAGCUAUCAAGAGUAGAGAAUAUGAUAUAGCUAAAUAUUUAGCAGUUAAAGGUGCCGAUGUAAAUGCUGUUUGUAAUGAUCAAUCGCCAUUAUAUUCUGCUAUUAUUAACAGUGAAACGGAUUUAGCUAAAUAUUUAAUCGAUAGAGAUGCCAACAACAAUUUAUGCUGA